AUGCGGACACGCAGACAAUACAACAAGGACACAACAUGGAACCGCUGUAUGCUAGGCAAAGAAAGCCUAUGGUACUUCGGAAAUGAAAAGUCUCGCGCCAUUUCAUUUAUCGCCCGGGAGUAUUUCAGUAUAGACCCAGAGGUCCCCUUUGACGACAACAUCGUCUUCGUGUCUCUCAAGACGGUGCUCGGCUUAGGAUCCUCCGUCUUAUGCGAACAAAACAAUGAAGAUUAUGAUAAUGCAGCAAAUGAUAAAAAGGACAAAGUUUAUGCGUGGAAUGAUGAAGAGCUCCUCAAUGAGGCUCCCACGGGCUGGAAACUAUCAGACGAGAAGAGAACAAAAGGGGUUGAGAUUGCUGUCAGGCUGAGUAAUGGCAACACAAUCAAACUACCGAUCCGGGUUAAGACCUUUGCCAAAGCACUUGAUAACUGGACCACAUACGUUCGACGAGUCCUGUCCUUGGGCAGCGGAAGUUCCUUCAAGCCGACACGUCAAUGUGACAUGCCUCUAGUGUGGCCGCUACUUGUGAAGCCUUUAGAAAAGCGCCAGAACCUGGUACAUCCACGAUCCUACCAAGACCUCAACAGCUUUUUCCGAGGUUUGAUAAACGAUGCAAAUACAGCCAAUGACCGGAGUAAAAUGACGACUGGAAAUGGCAACAUCGACGACGGAAAGUGGAAGUUGAUGCUUUAUGACGACUCGCCAUCGAACUGUGCGCAUCAGUACAAGAAAUCGUCUCACCUGAGUGUUGCACAGAUGUCGGAUGCAGAUCCGUUCGAACUCUACUCCACUUGGAUACACGAAGAUGACUGGCACUCGUACAUGACGAUGCUGGCGGAAACAAAGACAAAUCCCAUCCGAAAGUUCAUAUCCCUCAAUAACGCGGAUGUUCAUAAGACCUUGGAUAAUCUCUUGUUCAAGGUGGGUUUGCGGGACCUCAAUAUCCAGGGUAGCUUGUCUCCUGAGGAGCGAAAGGAGCAUGAGCUCGAUCCAAGUCAGGCGAAAUUUGACAAGGACGCUGUCGAAGAGUUGAACCGAAGGAGGGUAACCAAGGCCGUCAGACAAAGGCGACUCCAAGGUAUCAAGUCUCAGAACAAGACUUACAGAUUCGCAAACGGGCAGGCUACCAUUGAAACCGGGUUGUCAGUCGCCAAGAUGGAUGCCGCUUGUGGCAAGCGCCCCUCUCAGCCUACUCAGGCCGCAGUCAUGGGAGACUUUUCAGCAGGCGAUGUAAGAGAUCCGUCCAUGAUCUAA